CGGGCGGGCGCCGGCCGGGAUUCAGGAAGCGCCGCGCUCCCGGCCGCCGGCGCCCAGCCGUCCCGGAGGCUGAGUGGUGCAGACGGACCCAGAGGCAGCAUGGCCGAUCCUGGUGACAGCCCCCGUGCGGGGCCUGGGGAGCUGGCGGAGCCCCCCGGGGAUGACAGUGGCACUGCUGGCGGGGAAGCCUUCCCUCUCUCUUCACUGGCCAAUCUGUUUGAGGGGGAGGAUGGCUCCUCUUCACCCUCACCGGCUGAUGCUGGUCGCCCCGCCAGCCAGGGCGAUGGGCGCCCCAACUUGCGCAUGAAGUUCCAGGGUGCCUUCCGCAAGGGGGUGCCCAACCCCAUCGACCUGCUUGAGUCCACCCUGUAUGAGUCCUCGGUGGUGCCUGGGCCCAAGAAAGCACCCAUGGACUCACUCUUUGACUACGGCACCUAUCGUCACCAUCCCAGUGACAACAAGCGGUGGAGAAGGAAGGUCAUAGAGAAGCAGCCGCAGAGCCCCAAAGCUCCUGCACCCCAGCCGCCCCCCAUCCUUAAAGUCUUCAACCGGCCCAUCCUCUUUGACAUCGUGUCCCGGGGCUCCACUGCCGACCUGGACGGGCUGCUCCCCUUCUUGCUGACCCACAAGAAGCGCCUGACUGACGAGGAGUUCCGGGAGCCAUCCACAGGGAAAACCUGCCUGCCCAAGGCCCUGCUGAACCUGAGCAAUGGCCGCAACGACACCAUCCCUAUGCUCCUGGACAUUGCUGAGCGCACAGGCAACAUGCGAGAGUUCAUCAACUCACCCUUCCGAGACAUCUACUACAGAGGCCAGACCGCUCUGCACAUUGCUAUCGAGCGCCGCUGCAAACACUACGUGGAGCUCCUGGUGGCCCAGGGAGCUGAUGUGCACGCCCAGGCCCGUGGACGCUUCUUCCAGCCGAAGGAUGAGGGUGGCUACUUCUACUUUGGAGAGCUGCCGCUGUCGCUGGCCGCCUGCACCAACCAGCCGCACAUCGUCAACUACCUGACCGAGAACCCGCACAAGAAGGCCGACAUGCGGCGGCAGGACUCGCGCGGCAACACCGUGCUGCACGCGCUGGUGGCCAUCGCCGACAACACCCGCGAGAACACCAAGUUCGUCACCAAGAUGUACGACCUGCUGCUGCUCAAGUGCGCCCGCCUCUUCCCCGACAGCAACCUGGAGGCCGUGCUCAACAACGACGGCCUCUCGCCGCUCAUGAUGGCCGCCAAGACCGGCAAGAUUGGAAUCUUUCAGCACAUCAUCCGCCGGGAGGUGACAGAUGAGGACACGCGGCACCUGUCCCGCAAGUUCAAGGACUGGGCCUACGGACCAGUGUAUUCCUCGCUCUACGACCUCUCCUCCCUGGACACGUGUGGGGAAGAGGCCUCUGUGCUAGAGAUCCUGGUGUACAACAGCAAGAUCGAGAACCGCCAUGAGAUGCUGGCGGUGGAGCCCAUCAACGAGCUGCUGCGGGACAAGUGGCGGAAGUUCGGGGCUGUCUCCUUCUACAUCAACGUGGUCUCCUAUCUGUGUGCCAUGGUCAUCUUCACCCUCACUGCCUACUACCAGCCGCUGGAGGGCACUCCACCCUACCCUUACCGCACCACGGUGGACUACCUGAGGCUGGCGGGCGAGGUCAUCACGCUCUUCACAGGCGUGCUGUUCUUCUUCACCAACAUCAAAGACUUGUUCAUGAAGAAAUGUCCCGGAGUGAACUCUCUCUUCAUUGACGGCUCCUUCCAGCUGCUCUACUUCAUCUACUCUGUGCUGGUGAUCGUCUCUGCGGCCCUCUACCUGGCUGGGAUCGAGGCCUACCUGGCUGUGAUGGUCUUUGCCCUGGUCCUGGGCUGGAUGAACGCCCUGUACUUCACGCGAGGGCUGAAGCUGACCGGGACCUACAGUAUCAUGAUCCAGAAGAUCCUCUUCAAAGACCUUUUCCGCUUCCUGCUCGUCUACUUGCUCUUCAUGAUCGGCUAUGCUUCAGCCCUGGUUUCCCUCCUGAACCCGUGCGCCAACAUGAAGGUGUGCAACGAGGAUCAGACCAACUGCACGGUGCCCACGUACCCCUCGUGCCGCGACAGCGACACCUUCAGCACCUUCCUCCUGGACCUCUUCAAGCUGACCAUCGGCAUGGGCGACCUGGAGAUGCUGAGCAGCACCAAGUACCCCGUGGUCUUCAUCAUCCUGCUCGUCACCUACAUCAUCCUCACCUUCGUGCUUCUGCUCAACAUGCUCAUUGCCCUCAUGGGGGAGACGGUGGGCCAGGUCUCCAAGGAGAGCAAGCACAUCUGGAAGCUGCAGUGGGCCACCACCAUCCUGGACAUCGAGCGUUCCUUCCCCGUGUUCCUGAGGAAAGCCUUCCGCUCUGGAGAGAUGGUGACGGUGGGCAAGAGCUCGGACGGCACCCCUGACCGCCGGUGGUGCUUCAGGGUGGAUGAGGUGAACUGGUCUCACUGGAACCAGAACUUGGGCAUCAUCAAUGAGGACCCGGGCAAGAGCGAUACCUACCAGUACUACGGCUUCUCGCACACCGUGGGCCGCCUCCGGAGGGAUCGCUGGUCCUCCGUGGUGCCCCGCGUGGUGGAGCUGAACAAGAACUCCAGCCCGGACGAGGUGGUGGUGCCUCUGGACAACCUGGGGAACCCCAGCUGCGACGGCCACCAGCGGGGUUACGCCCCCAAGUGGAGGACUGAGGACGCCCCCCUCUAGGGCUGCAGAAGGCCCGGCCCCUUGCCCCGGCUUGUUUCUACUCCCCCUGCUGCACAAGCGGCUUCUCCCAGCGUCCCCAUAGCUGCCUGCAACCCCCAGAGGCGAGGGCCCGCGGAGAUGCUGGGGAGCCCCCAGGACCUUCUGGCCCCAAGCUCCCGCGCCGGUGCACCUGGGGAUGGGCUCCCGGCCGCCUGUCUUACUCCCAUGGAGUCACCUAAGCCACCAGGCCUCUGCCCGACCCCUGCCCUGCCUUUCUGUUAUUUAUUGCUCUGCUCUCAGGAAAGCGUGAACAAGCCCACCUGGGGCAGGUAGCACCCUCGGUGCCUUGCUGCGGCGCACAGGCCUGCGUGGACGAGAUGGCGUCGCCGGGCGCCCGGCCUCGGGCCGGGCCGCACUUUCUGUGUGAUCUGUGCGUUGCCAUCCGCCGGUGCUCAAUAAAUGCUCACUCGUGGAUGUUGGA